AGACUGUCCAUCAAUCAUGAGCUUCCUUCAUUCCUCCAAUGAGGACAAUACCAGUGUGGAUUACUCCUCUGAAUCCGCUUAUUCCAAAGAUAUUGAAACCCCACUCCCAGUGAUCUCGAACUCCACCAGGUUAUCUCGUGGGAAGCCAACGGCAACUGCCGAGACAACGGUGACGAUUCCGUCAGAACAUAAUAACAAGUCGUUCUUUUUGCCGACAAUGAAUGAAGAGACCUUCAUCGAUCACGGUUGCACUUUGGACCCGGAAGGCUAUCCUCUACUCCCAAAUGGCAACACUAUCUUUGUCAAACCCAGUGGGAUCAAGGUCACGAACUUCGGAAAUGUUGGCUUUACCAAACGUACCGGCUCGGAAUACCGGUCUAAGGGAACUUGGAAGCUCACUCGCAUUUACUGUCUUGGCUCGCUUGCGUGUGACUUACCUCAAUGUAGGUGGGCAGGCGCACCACCAACUGGUCGUGUUGUCAUGUCGGAGUAUCUCCAAAGGUACCCUCAUUGCCGAGGCUCUGCCGGAAAAUGUCCUGGCAAUAUCCGACACCACAUGUGUAAGAACACCCUGAUCCGAGUGGACGAGCAUGUUCCAACAGGAUGGGCAAUCUUGAGGCACAAAGGCCAGCAUGAACAUCCCUGGCCGGAGGUCAAAAAACCGGAUAAACUGGCCAAGGAGGCCCUCAAGAACAAAAUCUUGAAGAACCCCAAGGCGGGGGCACUAUCGCUUAAGCUGGGCAAACCAAUUGCGCCUCGAGAUCCGUACGAUAGCGUCAUGUCAAUACACCCUGCUUUGCGUAAUGCCGACCGCCUCAGAUACUACCGGAAACUGAUGCUGCGAGAGAUGAACAUAACACCGGAGAAGCUGGGGGCAGGCGUUGGCGAUAAGUUCAUCAAUGACAUGUUCAUGUGGAACAAGCGCGGCCUCCAGAUCACCUCAGCAUCAUUCCUUGAUGGUUCCGAGCAUUUCACAUUCCAAACGGAAUGGAUGGCCAAACGGUUGUUGGCUCGCGAUUUGGAUAACUGUGUGUACAGUGGGGGCUUGGUCUCCGACGUCACUUAUCGGUUUUUUGAGAAUGGAUACCUGUUGUCCACCUCAAUGUAUGUAGAAGAAAUCACCCGAUGGGUUCCUGUGCAACUAACUUGGAUUCGAGGCCUGUCGGCUGGCUACUACCGAAUUCAUUUUGCGACAUUGUUCCGUCAGUUUUUGAAGCCAGAGAUCACGGAGGUUGAGCGCGACAUCCUUGUUCGGAAUAUUGUUGACUUUUCCCUUGCGCAAAGGGAAGGUUUUAUCGAAGCCUAUGGCGAGGUGUUUGGUAUCUUUGACCGGGCACAGGUGCUUGGGAAGCUUCAGGGAUGUCACCAGCAUUAUCGUGCGCAGGUGACUCGUGUUAGGGUCAACAGAAAUGUGAUAAUGGCCGGUGACGAGGUGAUCUUCCAGCAGAUGUGCAUGGACUUGAUCAAGGAACCCCAGGCCGGCGAUCCAACCCAUGAGGACAAGAUUGAUGCCCUCCGACGCAAAUUCCCUAAGGCCAAACGGUGGAUUGACUGGUGGACCAUGGCGGAUGUGGAAUCGAUGCUUUUUCCAUCUCGUCGCCCUCAGGAUGAAGAUGCCCCCGAAGGGGUCAAUCCUCUUCCGAAAACUUCGAAUGCACAGGAGAGUUUGCACCGACUGUACUACAUGAUUAGUCCGGGGAAAACCAGCCUCCUUGUUGGCAUGGUGCAGCUUUUCUCCUUUGUUAAGGUCUUGGAGGAAGAAUUUGAUGCUGUAAUGUGUGGGGUGUCAAUCAAAUACGGCUCCCAACGCAAAGGAGAGACUGAUGUGGCUCAAUCUAUUGGAUGGGAGAAGUCUCGCAAGCGGGCUCCAAAGGCGGUCCCGCUGGGACCUGGAAAGAAGAUCCGGCAUGAAUACGCCAACGAUGGGCGAGCACCCGAUACGACAAAGGCCCUCCUCCCCGAGAUCAUCAAGAAGAAGCUGGGACGACCUUCAGGAGCGCCAAACAUCAACAGCUAUCCCUCAUAUCAUGCGUCUAAGAAGGAGCAUCUCAAGAAUCGAUGCUGGAUGGCUGCCUCAGUCGAAAGCCUGUAUUCGGUAUUCUCUCCCGUUUGGCUUCAAGGAUCCGGUGGCUGUGGGACAUCACUGUUCACAACGCUGGUGAAACAUUUCAUGGCCAGGGCUACAUACGAGUUAACGGAGGCUGGAUCAAUUCGCUCGAUUCUCUCAAAGGCUCAAUGCACUCUCUUCCAUCUUGUCAGUGCGCAGCAUCCCAGAAACUUUGUUGCUGGAAAGUUUGCCUCAGCAGACUUCUUCAUGGAUGUCAUACUCGAUCAAAAUGCAAACCCUAACCGGGCCUUGAAGGGGUUGUUUGAAGUUGAAGAGGUCCGACAACUCACCUGCAAGCAUCACACCCAAGCCGCUCAUGAAAUACGACGCCCAUCGCAUGUCAUCAACAUCCGAAGGAGGGCAUUUGAAUCUAACAAUCUCGAAUUCUCGGAUGUUUCUUCAUUCUUGAGGGAGUGGACUGGAUCAGGCUUGGACGGGUGGUCGGGCCUUUGUUGUAAACUGUGUAACAGUUCUCGUCCGGCUUCUGAGAUCCCAACGUAUGGCUGUGCAUCAUCAGAUGUCGAAGUGGCCAUAGCGACUCUGGUGUCAACUCGUAAGACUCCCAUGCUGCAGGAGAGGUCAUGUCUGGCUUUUAUCGAUAACCAGCCACCUUCACACCUCUACUUUCAUCUGGAUGUCACACCAAUCCUGGACGAAGAUGAACAACAAUCCUUCAUGGCGGAGACCGAUUGGCCUUUCACUCUCAAAAUCCGACAUGUCAGGUACAAUUUAUUUGCCCGCGGGUUUUGGGACGGGUCACACUAUUGGUGCAAGGUGGUCAGGCAUGUUCGUGGGAGAACAGGUGUUUGGUUACACAAUGACCGACUGAACGACGGCUACGCUCAGCUGGUCAGCCCAAUUCCGAGUGAUCUGGGGGGAAAGGCAGCUCAUACAAGCUGGCUGAUCUACUCUCGCCCGUGGAAUGAUAACGAGUUAGAGUUUGUCAACGAUAAGAUCACACAGAUCAAGAAGGACAAUCCCCGAGCGACUGGGCAGGUGCCGUUUGCAAAGCUCAAGGAGUUAUUGGAGGUAUACAAGGAUCUUGACCUGCGUAUGGUCAAACCAGACACUGACAAUGUGGUGGGGGAUGAAUUCUCCGACAACAACAAGGCCGGCGACAACAAGGCAGACGACAACGGGGCCGACGACAACAAGGUUCCCAAUUGUAAUGAGACUACAGAUGAUGAGGACAUCAAAGCCGACCGAAUCCAGCCAGCGCCUUCAGUUGCGAUGCCGGCUCCGAAAAUCCCAAAAAUUAAGCUUACCCUGGGCAAAUCAGGGGGGAUUGAGGUGCCUGUCCUGGUGGAGGCUGUCAAAGAGGUCAAGGCCAAGAUCAAAAAGCCUAAGGGGUCCAAUAAGGCGGCGCCGCAGGGGGGAAAUCGUCGGAGCAAAAGGGUUGAAGCUAAGGGAGGGGACUUGUCAUGA